AUGGACGACGCACACAGUAUUGAUCAUUCUGGAGAAGAGCCGCCCAAGCCAAACGCUACCGAAUCUGACCCGUUACUUGUACGACAAGAUGCAGCUCCAUCCGCCCCACGAGUGACCCAGUUGCCUAAACAGCUCACCACACGCCACGCAUUUGCUGUGCUUGUUACUCUGCAAAUAGGCUCAGGCAUAUUCGCGUCACCGGCACAAGUCGACAGCAAUGUACCUUCUCCAGGUGCUGCUCUUCUGGUCUGGGUACUUGGCGGGCUGCUCUCAUGGGCAGGAGCUGCAUCUUUCGCAGAACUAGGUGCUGCUCUACCGCUCAAUGGCGGCAUGCAGGAAUACUUGCGCCACGUUUACGGAGACACCGCGGCGUUCCUUAUGGCUUGGGUGUAUAUCCUGGGCGUGAAGCCCUCAUCGAUGGCCAUUCAAAGCAUCGUUAUCGCGGAGUCUGUUGGUUCAGUUACAACCAGCUCAGACAAUUUGCCAGAUGCCGGGUUACUCAAGCUCAUUGCUGUCAUUGUUUUUGUAGCGAUGGUGUUGCUCAACUCCAUCAACACCAAAUUCACGAUGAGAUUGAGCGAAUCAUUUACAGUCUUCAAGCUAUCAACAGUCAGCUUGAUAGUUCUCGGCGGGCUUAUUGCAGUUAUUGCCCACUUGGUGAACCCAGAAUCUCAUCUUUCCGGUUCUAGCGACUGGUACUCAAAGAGUUGGUUUCAACCGAGACCGACUACAUCGGACGGCCAAGUUCUUGACUGGUUGUCUAUGGGCGCCUGGGACCGCUAUGGUCAUUAUUGCGCAGCCAUUUACGGUGGAUUGUGGGCUUAUGACGGAUGGGACAAUGCCAAUAUCGUGGCGAGCGAAAUUCGCGACCCAGGCCGUGCCCUCCCAAAGGCAAUCAAAGCUGCAAUGAUCGUAGUUCUUACUUCCUUUGAGCUGGUCAAUAUCGCGUACUACAUCCUCGUGCCUUGGGACAAGCUGAGUAGCAACAACGCAGUUGCAGUCGCUGCUGGAACAGCUCUUUUUGGGAGACCUGCUGGCAUUAUUAUUACUCUCCUCGUUGCUAUUUCCUGUGCAGGAUCGAUCACCAGCAACGUGUUCUCAGUGGGCAGAUUGACCAUGGCUGCAUCACAGCGCCAUUACCUUCCGGCAUUCUUCAGCCAAAGGGGCAUGCCACUGAAGCAAAGAGCUAACGGAGAUGACACUUCGUCACCCAGAUUCGAUGCUCCAAUAUAUGCCAACGCGUUGGCCCUUGUGGUAACCCUAGUAUACAUACUGACAGGUAGUUUUCGGGAACUACUAACGUUCGUUGGCAUGGCCGAAUGGGUUUUCUAUGUCAGUACUGUUGUCGGACUCCUUGUACUCCGCCGUAGAGAGCCACAACUUGAGCGACCUUACCGUCCAACUACCAUUCUUCCAAUCACAUUUGUGAUUGUGGGUACCUUGGUCAUCGUACGAUCUGCUAUAUUUGCUCCUGCGCAAAGUGGAGUGUUGGCAGGACUGCUGGUAGCUGGUGCUUUGGUCAGUAGAUUGCGAAGCAGCCGAAGAUCACAAUGA